UCCUUUGUGGAUUAAUUCCCACCUCUCCGAAAUAUUUGGAAACUGAUGUCUUAACUCAUUGGUUGUGCUCACAAGUUCUACUACUGCAAGUCCUUUUCUUUUAAUGGAUUGGUCUUUUGCAAGAAAUAGACAAAAUAUCAGUGUGAAUUAUAGCAAAGCCCUCUUCCAUGCUAUUAUGGGUGAAACUCUGGGAGAUUCUCUUAUUGACCCAGAAAGCGAUUCCUUUGCUGAUACACUGUCUGCAAGCACUUCACAAGAAAUUACCAUGGUUGACACCGAGAUGCCAUUUUGGCCCACCAACUUUGGAAUCAGCUCUGUGGAUCUCUCUGUUAUGGAUGACCACUCCCAUUCUUUUGACAUCAAACCUUUCACCACUGUGGAUUUCUCCAGCAUUUCCACUCCACACUACGAAGACAUUCCAUUUGCAAGAGCAGACCCAACGAUUGCUGAUUAUAAGUAUGACCUGAAGCUCCAAGAGUACCAAAGUGCAAUCAAAGUGGAGCCUGCAUCCCCACCUUAUUAUUCUGAAAAGACUCAGCUGUACAAUAAGCCUCAUGAAGAGCCUUCCAAUUCCCUCAUGGCAAUUGAAUGCCGAGUCUGUGGAGAUAAAGCUUCUGGGUUCCACUAUGGAGUUCAUGCUUGUGAAGGAUGCAAGGGUUUCUUCCGGAGGACAAUCAGAUUGAAGCUCAUUUACGAUAGGUGUGACCUUAACUGUCGGAUCCACAAAAAAAGUAGAAAUAAAUGUCAGUACUGUCGGUUUCAGAAAUGCCUUGCUGUGGGGAUGUCUCACAAUGCCAUCAGGUUCGGGCGGAUGCCGCAGGCUGAGAAGGAGAAGCUGUUGGCAGAGAUCUCCAGUGAUAUCGACCAGCUGAACCCAGAGUCGGCUGAUCUCCGGGCCCUGGCAAAGCAUUUGUAUGACUCAUACAUAAAGUCCUUCCCGCUGACCAAAGCAAAGGCGAGGGCAAUCUUGACAGGAAAGACAACAGACAAAUCACCAUUUGUUAUCUAUGACAUGAAUUCCUUAAUGAUGGGAGAAGAUAAAAUCAAGUUCAAACACAUCACCCCCUUGCAGGAGCAGAGCAAAGAGGUGGCCAUUCGCAUCUUUCAGGGAUGUCAGUUCCGCUCAGUGGAAGCUGUUCAGGAGAUCACAGAGUAUGCCAAAAAUAUCCCUGGUUUUGUAAACCUUGACUUAAAUGAUCAAGUAACUCUCCUAAAAUAUGGCGUCCAUGAGAUCAUUUACACGAUGCUGGCCUCCUUGAUGAAUAAAGAUGGGGUUCUCAUAUCGGAGGGCCAAGGAUUCAUGACAAGGGAAUUUCUAAAGAGCCUGAGAAAGCCCUUUGGUGACUUUAUGGAACCCAAGUUUGAGUUUGCUGUGAAGUUCAACGCACUGGAAUUAGAUGACAGCGACUUGGCGAUAUUUAUAGCCGUCAUUAUUCUCAGUGGAGACCGCCCAGGUUUGCUGAAUGUGAAGCCCAUUGAGGACAUCCAGGACAACCUGCUGCAAGCCUUGGAGCUCCAGCUCAAGAUGAACCAUCCUGAGUCCUCCCAGCUCUUUGCCAAGCUGCUCCAGAAAAUGACAGACCUCAGACAGAUUGUAACAGAACAUGUGCAGCUAUUGCAAGUCAUAAAGAAAACAGAGACAGACAUGAGUCUUCACCCGCUCCUACAGGAAAUAUACAAGGACUUGUAUUAGCAGAGAAGUCCGAGUUCACUGACCAUGUGUUCCUUCUUCCAAUUGCACUAUUAUUUUGAGGGGAAAUCUGACACCUAAAAAAUUUACUGUGAAAAAGCAUUUUAAAAAGAAAAGGUUUUAGAAUAAUAGAUCUAUUUUAUGCAUAUUGUUUAUAAAGAUACAUUUACAGUUUACUUUUAAUAUUAAAAAUUACCACAUGAUGAAA